CACAAGCCGACGCUUCCUUUAAAGAUGACUGAGGGCCGCUGUGAAAAUAAGUUUACUGAAAACUCAGGCUUUGGUGACAGCCCCAUCCCCUCACCAGACGAAGGCAUCGAGGAGGAUAAGGCUGUGGUGGAAGAGGAAAAGGCCAAACCCGUCCCGAUUCUUUUGGCCAAUUUAGACGAGCACUCAUUUCAGCUGGACACUUCUGCGCUGGAAAAGAUCCUGCUGCAGGAUCACGUGAAGGACCUGAACGUGGUGGUCGUGUCUGUGGCCGGCGCUUUUCGCAAGGGCAAGUCCUUCCUGUUGGACUUCAUGCUGCGCUACAUGUACAGUCAGCAGAGUGACUCAUGGAUAGGAGGCGAUGAUGAGCCCCUGACAGGGUUCAGCUGGAGGGGAGGCUGCGAGAGGGAGACCACAGGAAUUCUGCUCUGGAACGAGGUGUUUGUGGUCGACAAGCCUGACGGCAGCAAGGUGGGUGUGCUUCUCGUUGACACUCAGGGAGCAUUUGACAGCCACUCCACCAUGAAGGACUCUGCCACUGUGUUCGCCCUCAGCACGAUGACCAGCUCUGUCCAGGUGUUUAACUUAUCACAGAACAUACAGGAGGAUGAUCUGCAGCAUCUGCAGCUCUUUACAGAAUAUGGCCGGCUGGCAAUGGAAGACAUUCACCUGACACCUUUCCAGUCCCUAAUGUUUCUGAUUCGAGACUGGUGUUAUCCUUAUGAUUAUGAGUAUGGACUGGAAGGAGGAAACGCUUUCCUGGAAAAAAAAUUACAGGUUAGAGAAAAGCAACAUGAAGAGCUGCAGAAUGUGAGGAAGCACGUCCAUUCCUGCUUCUCUAACAUCAGCUGCUUCCUGCUGCCACAUCCUGGCCUCAACGUGGCCACAAACAAGAACUUUGACGGCAGACUGAGAGACAUACAGGAGGAUUUUAAAACUGAGCUGGCCAAGCUGAUGCCUCUCCUCCUGGCCCCAGAUCGAUUAGUAGAAAAGGAGAUUGCCGGGAAAAAAGUCACCUGUGGGGAACUUGUGGAGUACUUCAGGUCCUACAUAAAGAUCUACCAAGGUGACGAGCUUCCUCACCCAAAGUCUAUGCUGCUGGCAACUGCAGAGGCCAACAAUUUGACAGCUGUGGCAAGAGCCAAAGACUCGUAUAACAAAAACAUGGAGAAGGUUUGCGGAGGGGGCAGGCCCUACAUGGCGCCGGCUGACCUGGAGUGCCACCACAAGGAGUUGCGCGAAGAAUCUGUGAAUAUUUUCCGCUCUGUGAAAAAAAUGGGCGGCGAAGAAUUCUGCCAGCGCUACCAAACACAGCUGGAGUCUGAGCUGGACGAGGUCUACGGCAACUUCGCAAAGCAGAACGACGGCAAAAACAUCUUCUACGUGGCUCGCACCCCCGCCAUGCUCUUCGUCGUCAUGUUUGUCACCUACAUGAUCUCUGGCAUCACGGGCUUCAUCGGCCUGAGCACUCUGGCUUUGCUGGCUAAUCUGGUGACGACCGUGACGCUGCUGCUGCUCUGCAUCUGGGGAUACGUGAAGUAUUACGGAGAGUUCCUGGAAGCAGGGGAGUUGAUAGACCAGCUGGCUGAUGCACUCUGGGAAGAGGUUCUGAAGUCACAAAUUGAACAUUACAUGAAGGACAACGUCAGACAGACAGUGGUGAACUCAAUCAGAGCCAGCCUAACAGAAACGGGCUCCAAGCAGACCAAGUUAAAGACUCAGUGAUCCUCUCCACCACCCCCCAUCGCCCACAUGCUGUCCAGCUGUAGAACUGUGGACUUAGUUCAACACCAAAGCUGACCUUUUCUUUUUAUUUAAUUUUUUACUAUUUUUCUCUGGACGACCUCUCUUUGCUGCCCUGGUUUUGUCUGUAGCAGACUUGCAGCCCCCCCCCC